AAAAUCAAGAGCGCAAUUGCGCAAAGCAAUCGCCUCUCUAUCCGUACUCUCUCGCUUCUGCCUGCCGAUCGCUUCCACCGUUGAGCUUCCAAAGUCAGCGCCCCCACCAAAACCGCCGUCGCCACUUUCCACUGUCUUCAUCGCGGUUCAGGAAUCAAGGAAAUAGACUGCAAAUUCAAAGGCUGUGAAUAGUUACAGGACUCGGUGCAAAGUAUACGAUGGCACACAGAUUGUUAAGAGAUCAUGAGGCAGAUGGUUGGGAACGCUCCGACUUCCCUAUCAUUUGUGAGUCAUGCCUCGGUGACAAUCCAUAUGUCCGAAUGACUAAAGCAGAUUAUGAUAAGGAGUGCAAGAUUUGUACGAGGCCAUUUACAGUCUUUAGGUGGAGGCCUGGUCGUGAGUCAAGGUAUAAGAAAACUGAGGUUUGUCAGACAUGCAGUAAGUUGAAAAAUGUUUGUCAAGUCUGCCUUUUAGAUCUUGAAUACGGAUUGCCAGUUCAAGUUCGGGAUACUGCUCUUAGUAUAAAUUCCAAUGAUGCCAUUCCGAAGAGUGAUGUGAAUAAAGAGUAUUUUGCUGAGGAGCAUGAUCGCAGGGCCAGAGCUGGUUUAGAUUAUGAAUCCUCAUAUGGGAAGGUACGGCCAAAUGACACUAUUCUGAAGCUUCAGAGAACAACACCAUACUACAAAAGAAACCGAGCACAUAUUUGCAGUUUCUACGUGCGGGGUGAAUGUACAAGAGGUGCUGAGUGCCCUUACAGGCAUGAGAUGCCAGUAACGGGGGAGUUGUCCCAGCAAAAUAUAAAAGACCGUUACUAUGGAGUGAAUGAUCCAGUGGCACUAAAGCUACUUAACAAGGCUGGUGAAAUGCCUUCUUUGGAAGCUCCUGAGGAUGAAAGCAUUAAAACCCUUUAUGUGGGUGGACUUGAUAAAAGGGUUACUGAGCAAGAUUUAAGGGAUAACUUUUAUGCCCAUGGUGAAAUUGAAUCGAUAAAGAUGGUGCUUGACAAGGCAUGUGCCUUUGUAACGUACACAACCAGAGAAGGAGCUGAGAAGGCUGCAGAAGAACUUUCUAACAAGCUAGUCAUAAAGGGUCUCAGGCUGAAGCUAAUGUGGGGUAAGCCCCAGGCACCAAGACCUGAGUCAGAAACCUCUGAGGGAGCCAGGCAGCAGGCAGCAGUGGCUCAUAGUGGAAUGUUGCCCCGGUCAGUAAUAUCUCAGCAGCAGAAUCAAUUCCAGCCAUCUGGGUCUGGUGUGCAGGGCCAACCCCCACCUAUGCAGUAUUUUAAUAUCCCACCUCCACCUCAGCUGGAUAGAGCCUUCUAUCCAUCAAUGGAUCCUCAAAGGAUGGGUGCCCUGGUUCCAUCUCAUGAUGGGGAGAAUAAAUCUGGAUCAGAAAAACAACAAGGGCAACAUUAUCCUUCUCAAGCUAUGCCGCCACCACCACCGCCACAUGGGCAAUAUCCUCAUCAGCAUUAUCCACCGUAUGGGUACAUGCAACCAAUGCCACCUUAUCAGCAGUAUCCACCAUAUCAUUCAGCAAUACCUCCACCCCAACAUUAUCAGCAUUCUGGGCCAGCAAGGCCGCCGCCUCCUGUGAAUGCACCUUCAGCAAGCACUACACCAGCGUCUGCUUCAUCAGGUUCUGCACCUCCUAUUCCAGGGCUAUCUGCUGCAUCCGGUUCAUCUCAUCAGUGAAGGUUUCCCAUAGUGCUGUUUUUGCUUAUGUAAGAAUUGAACUUGUUACCAAUAAAAAUUAUUUUUCUUUGAGUUCAGAAUCUUCUUUGCUUUAUCUUUAGCAAUCAAUUUGCUUUUCCUGUGA